AUGUUCUCGCGGACCCUUUCCGCCCAUCGUCACCGGUGCUUCUUGUCCGCCAGGUUUGAAAAGAAACGAGACUUGCUCAAUCACUGUCGGUUGAUCGGUUUGGCCGUUGCCACUGUGGCAGCAACCGUCCUGCUUGUCGGCUUCGUUGGUCCUCAAUUGCAAAGGUUUCGGUUUCGGUCCGACUUGAGCUGGUACGAUCUUGGGAUAUAUGGGUUUGGGCCUUCGCGGAGCUAUGUGUCUUUCGAAGAAGAGUCUCCCUUGGUGGAGUUUUCACCCAAGGACGCGACCUGUGAUCCGCGAUACACUAUCCUGGCACCGCGCGGUGAUUCCAUCGCCCAUCCGGGACCGAUGAUUCUGGAUGCCCGUGGCGAACUGGUCUGGAUGAAAUACAACUUGGGGACCACCCAAGACUUCAGGAUCCAGCAGUACAAGGGUCAGAACUACCUGACGUACUGGCAGGGUGGAGAAGAGGAUGGGCGUGGAUGCGGAUCAUGGUAUAUGCUCGAUUCAGCGUACACUAUCCAAUAUGUCAUCUCACCGGUGGGCAUGAUGGAUGGUGACUUGCACGAUUUCCAAAUCACCAACAAUAAUACUGCCUUGAUCACCAUUUACGACCCUAUUCCAGCCGACUUGACAUCCGUAGGUGGCCCUGAACUGGGGUGGCUCUAUGAUGGCGUUUUUCAGGAAGUAGAUAUCGAGACGGGCGAGCUGCUUUUUGAAUGGCGGGCGUCGCAACAUUUCCCGCCCACCAGCAGCUAUCAGCCGCUGAAAGAUCAAGGCCACGACCGUGCUUCCGGAUAUGAUUUUUUUCACAUCAACAGUGUCGACAAGGAUGACCAGGGCCGGUACUUGAUUUCCUCGCGGCACGCGCACUGUGUGGUUUCCAUUGAUGGGGUCACCGGUGACGUUUUGUGGACACUGGGAGGAAAAACCAACGAUUUUGAAGACUUGUCAAGUGGGCAAGCCACGGGAUUUUCAUGGCAACACGAUGCCCGAUGGCAGGGCACCAAUCGUAUCACCUUGUUCAACAACGCUGCAAAUGGAGAUCUUAGUCAGCAGAAGAUCAGUUUCGGCGCCUUGAUAGAAUUGGAUCUUGUCAAUCGACGGGCAGAAUUGGUGCAGACCUACCACCACCCCCAGCAAUUGGCCGCCGUCUCGCAAGGAAACGUUCAGAUCCUCGACUCGGGGAAUGUCUUUGUCGGGUGGGGCCACAGUGCCGCCUACACUGAAUUUUCUCCCGAGGGAGUUGUGGUAUGCAACGUUCACUACGGUGCAUCCGCCUACUUUCAAUUCGGGCGCGUGGUCUCAUAUCGGGUCACCAAGGCAGACUGGGUCGGCAUGCCAGAUACCCUCCCGGACAUCGCUGUCGCAGGUGAUCACGCCUAUGUGAGCUGGAAUGGGGCGACCGAAGUGAGAGAAUGGCGAACCGAAGCCUGGGACGGUGUAUCAUUGAGGAACAUGUCGUUCGAGAUUGUGGGUCAAGUUGUUCUUUUUCGCGAUGGCUUCGAGACAGAAAUUUGGCUACCGGUCAAUGUCACUUCGUACUUUCGCAUCUCGGCAAUUGACGCCAACGGCAACGUCCUGGUUACGUCAGGGACGUUGAAACGAGGCACGGAUGGCGGGAUGUUCAUAUUACCCCAUCUUAAUUGGGGCGUAGCGACGGUGGUUUGUGUCAUGCUCGUUGGUCUUGUUGUUGGCUUGUCAUGUGCGGUAAGACGCCGCCCGGGCUAUCGUGGGCAUAGCAGCGGCAGCAGGGUGUAUCAGCCAGUCGCGGAGGAUGAUGAAAGUGGACAUCAUUUGGAUCCUAUUUUGCGGCGCGAAGGAGUCAGUAUGGCCUAG